AUGGCGAGCAAAGGAGAUAAGGUGGAGAAUGGCUCGGGGCUUUCAACUGUUGAAAACCCUAAGAAAAUCGUAGACCUCAACACUGCGGAACCAGAUCGUAUUGAUGACGACAUUCUCGACGGAGAAGAAGUCAAGGGAUUUUCGGAAUCUACUGGUGAGAACAAGGAAGAAGGCGAAUCUAAGGCUAUUACUGGAUCGGCAGCUGAUUCUGGUGAUGUAUCUCCGGUCGAUGAUGUCCAGAAGAAGAUUCGACGUGCGGAGAGGUUUGGGCUUUCUGUGAAGUUAACCGAAGAAGAGAAGCGUAAUUCUCGUGCUGAGAGGUUUGGUACUGUAGCUGCAGUGGUGAAUGGCUCAGAUGGAACGAAGAAAGCUGAGGAAUUGAAGCGAAAGGCUAGAGCUGAUAGGUUUGGGGUUCCUGCAUCAGCCCCUACCACUGAUAAAACUGAGGAAGAGGUGAAGAAGAAAGCUAGGCUGGCUCGUUUUGGGAAGGAUACUAAAGCUGAUGCUAAAGUUGAUACGAAAGUUGAUUCGGCUGAAGAAGAUAAACGCAAAGCUAGGGCAUUAAGGUUUUCAAAACCUGCUUCAGACUCAUCUUCAGAUUUACCUGUGAAGCAAAAUAUUGGCAAGGAGGCAGCUGUAUCAGGAGGCGCUGCCUAA